UGUCAGCCCUGAUGGUGAGGAGCUGCGGAGGGUGUCAGGAGAGUAUUAAAGGACUUGAAGACAGCCUGGGAGCAGCAAGAGGCUUGGGGUGUGGGGCACAAAAGGAUUUUGGGCAGGGUGUGAGGUUUGGCUGGCUGUGGGCAUGUUUGUGUCCCCCCUUCUGUGCGGUGGAGCCCUUGUGGUGGCUGGAGCUGGGGGCUGUGACAUCACAGUGGUGCUGGGGUUGGCAGAGCCACAUCCUGCAUUCUGACAUUUGUGCUACUGGGGUUUAGAGCCCGUGUCCUGUGCUGGACUCCGACUUUAGUCCCCAGCAGGACAGGGGAAUAGAACAACCAGAUUGGCACAGAGAGGAAGAGCCACCCACAGCUCCCCUCGCUCUCAAUCUACCAUGGGACAAUGUGACACUGAGAGCAGCACUCCAGGCACACCCCGCCCCAGACAGGGAUGGCACUUGAGCAGGGUACACUCCAGCCACCCCACGGCCCAGCAGGCUGGGGACAAGGGCACAGUGUGGCAUCCUGGGACUGUGAGAUGCAGCUGGGACAUUGGCACAAGGCUCAGCAGGGCCGUGGCAGUCCCUGUGGGACUGGGGACAGUGGGCUCAGACAAGGCUGUCCUCACAGGGCACUCAGCAGCCACCACCAGACACCAGGUUGGCCACCAGCACUUGCUUAACCUUGAGCAGCUCAAAAAGGCCAAGCUGCAUGUGGAGAUGGCCAUUAAGGUGAGGGACCUGAUUUUACACCCUUCAAAUGCCACUUGUUCCAUUUAUGGCAUUUCUGGCUCAGGAGGGCUGAGCCAGAGGAACCAGGACUGUGACAGGCCGAGCCCACUGGUCUCUGCACAGGAGAAGAAGAUCUUCACAGUACAGGGCCCCUACCCCAUCAUCCGGCGCCUGAUGCGAGCCCGGGGCUGGGUGGAGAGGAAGGUCCCCAGCACGGGCAGACGGAUGGUGAAGCAUCGUGGUGACCAAGACAAGCAGCGGCAGGAGACAGGGCCAAGUAAUGGUGGUGGUGGGCAGGAAGAGGCACUGCUGAACCCAGGUGGGGGGGCACAGCCUUUUGUGGGGACCAAACACCCCCUGCACUACCCAUGGCGACCCACUGAGGAGGAGGAAGAGAAGGAGGAAGAGCAGUGUGAUGAGGACCCCAACGGCAUCCAUGACCUCAUGUCCUACCUGGUGCGGGACCAGUUGCCAAACUUCAUCUGGACCAACUACCUUGAGGCCACUGACCAUCAGCUGCUGCAGCACGACAACGUGGUGAACCACUAUGCCCGGGUGGACGCAUUCACCACCAAGGAGGGGCUGUGCCUCAGCCUACAAAACUUGCCGUGGAUUGAGCAAGCUGACCCCAACACCUUCUUCCCCCGGUGCUACCGGCUGGGGAACGUGGAUGAACUGGAAACUUUCAUUGAGGAUUUCCGCCUGACAGCAGCACGAAGCCUGCUCAAAUUGGCCCUGGAGGAGGCUGGGGACAGGCCAGUGGGGACCGAGCAGGUCCCAAACAAUGCCAAGGGGGCAGCAUGGCCAGCCUCCCCCCUGUACCCUGAGCUGGUGGAGGAAGCCCUGGAGAUCUGUAGGCAGCACCUGGGCGUUCUGCAGCACCAGGACAUCGACAGGAACACCCCGUCCCCCUGCAGGACAUGCAUUGACUGGGACCGCUUCCUGCAGGAAUACUACCACGUGGCACACAAGGGGGCAGGGCUGGUACUGACCCAGCAGCAGCGGAAGCAAUGCCAGAACCUGCUGUGGCACCUGGCACAGCAGCUGCCCCAGCUUGACAUGGAGGGCAAGCUUAACGUCUGGAUCCUCAAGCCUGGUGCUGAAUCCCAAGGCAGGGGCAUCGUCUGCACAACGCAGCUGGAGGAGGUGCUGCAGCUGGCACGGAGCUGCAUGGCACCCUCGGUUCAGGUGGGCAGAUGGGUGGUGCAGAAGUAUGUGGAGCGGCUGUUGACCAUCUUUGGCACCAAAUUCGACAUCCGUCAAUGGUUUGUUGUGACUGACUGGAAGCCACUGACUGUCUGGUUCUACCGAGACUGCUACCUGCGCUUCUGCUCCCAGCCCUUCUCCCUGUGUCACCUGGAGCGUGCCAGGCACCUCUGCAACGUCUCUGUCCAGAAGUGGUACAAGACAUCACCAGACCAGGACCCCCGUGUGCCCCCUGACAGGAUCUGGUCCAACGAGCAGUUCCAGAAAUACCUGGCACAGCUGGGGCAGGCAGAUGCUUGGCACCAGAUGCUGGUGCCUGGCAUGAAGGCAGCGAUCCUGAACACGCUGCGCAGCGCCCAGCACCAGGUGCGCUUCCGCAAGGGCAGCUUCGAGCUCUAUGGGGCUGACUUUAUUGUCGGGGAGGACUUCCAGCCCUGGCUGCUGGAGAUCAACUCCUCCCCUACCAUGAGCCCCUCCUCGGCGGUGACCCGACGGCUCUGUGCCAACGUCCAGCGGGACACGCUGCGCCUCGUGCUUGACCGCAAGGACAACCCCACCUGUCCCAUUGGAGCGUUUGAGCUCAUCUACAAGGAGGCAGCUGUGCCCAAGCCUCUGUCAACAUGUGUGAAGCUGAUGGUCAAAGGCUGUUCCCUGAAGAAGCUCCAGCCAGCACAGCAGCAGGACCAGAACAAGCCCCCCACCACUGUGGCCACUGCCCUCCAUCACCCUGUGUCCCCAGGGGCCAGUGCCACCCAUGUACCCAAGAAAGCACAGCAUCAAUUCCUCACCAUGGUGCCUUGUGUCCCCAAGCUCCUCCUGUCACCAGGGGUCAGAACCACCAAGGCUCCCCAGAGAACAUGGCAUCGCUCUCCUACUAUGAUGCCCACUGCCUCCAAGCGGUCUGUGUUGCCAGGGGGCAGAACCACCGAGGUGACCCAGUCCAGAGCAGCAACAAAGAAGCUGCCGCCUCUGGAGCAACGGAACCACUGCUCUUCCUCCAGCUCUGACCCCCCAGCACCACCAAAGCCUCAGGUCUCCUCUGCUGAGAGCCAGGGUCUGCCAUGGCUCAGUUGCUUGCCUGGGCAGCCCCAGGCUGCACAGCCCCGGAUCAAUGGCUGUCCCAUUAAUUGGGUGCCUGUGCCACCACCCCGGGGAACCCCCAGCAACCCCUGGCCAUCCCAGGGUUGUGCACGCUCCUUCCGUCCUGCCAAGCCCCAGCAACAACCUCCGUCUGCACAGAGCACCAAGACCCUGUGCCUGGAGCAGAAGCACACGGCAACUCCCACUGGGAUGCGGAAGACUUGGAACACUAAGACACCCCCAGGAGUGGACAGAGCUCCACCUGUCCUUUGUUAGGCCAAAACUGCAGCACUUCUCAUCCCAAAGAGUUCCCACUGCUGUGUCGUGGUACCCACCUCCUCCCUCAUGUGUGCUUUAAAAUAAUUCUGUGAUAAGGAGUCUGUCUCAGACCUUCCAUGCAUGAGAGCUGUGGGGAGAGCUAGGACUGCCCCUGGAAUGGGGCUGUGGGUGGGAACUGGGGCUGCCAGGACAGAGAGCAGGCAGGAAAAGCUGCCUCUGCUUCUGCCUGUGGUUGCCCCUGCCAGAC